AGCAUUAUCACACAGCUCGUUCAACGUUUCGGUCGACACAUUCUCGCACCAAACUGAAACAAUAUAUUCGUAAAAACCAGAACAAAUUCAAAUUGUAAAUUUUAUCCUGUCCCAUCUUAAAAAGUUUUUACGUUCCCUUUCGAUGAAAUUUCGUUACAAAUUCUUAACCAACUAAGAUCCGGAGCCGCACAGCGCGAGGAAUCCGCAACUUGCUUAGAAAGCAGACAAAAACCCAAAUUACAGGAAGAAAGCAGUGGUGCUCAUAAAGCCUAAAGCAAGAUUAAACCUUAAGCAGCAGCGAGCUAAGUUCAUGAAUUAGAAAAGUUUACCAUCUAUACGGUUCCUAGUUUGGAAGUUGGAAGUUAACCACCAAGCAAGAAAAAGCUUUUCAAAUAUAUUUAAUAUAUAUAUAGCGAAACUUAACUAAAUCAGGAUGUCGGACAACUCGGGUGUGAGCACUGUGCUCAACGUUCUUCUCUGUGGAGCAACCGGCUUUGGAUUUUACAAGAUUGGUCCUAGUGAGCAUCCUUAUGCCUUUACUGCCUGUGUAAUUGGAUUCUGUCAUGGACUCUGCGGCUUGGUUAGCAGUCUUACCGGCGAUGAUAAUGCCAAGAAGGUAAAGGAAACGACCACCAACAUCAUGGAUAUCAUACCACUGGCGCUGGUCAAUGUGGAUCUGUAUUUGGCCGCCGAGAGUAAUAAUAUUGCUUUGGGCCAUGGACUUUUCAUAGUGCCACUGGCUGUUACCGUGAUCUUGGAUUUCUUCAAGGGCGAAAGUAGCGAUGAUGGUGAGGGCAGUGUCAUGGAUACAUUGAAAACCCUCACGAUUUUGGGUAACAUAACAUCGCUAGUUUAUCUAUCGAUUAACGAGAACAGCUGGAAUCUGGGCGGCAUGGCUUUCCUGGCUUUCAUGGCCAAAUUUGGAGCCAAGUUCUGCGAGGAGCAGAUCAGCGAGGGCAGCGGAGAGCCGGUAACUUAUUUAAGUUAUUCGGGCUUUUACUUUCUUACCGCUCUGGCUGUUUCCGGCGAGAAGUAGAUGGCGCCACCAGAGAUCCUGGCCACCAGCAACAGCAUAUUUCAUCGCCGGAUCUCAUGCAACUUUUUUUUUUCCUCCAAAACUUUCUGCCAUUGCUUUUUCUGAACUCCAACUUUAUUCGACCUUGGACGAGCAGAGUGAUGAAUAAAUUAUGGCAGCGUUAAGUUUGCUGCAACUCGUUAAUUUUAAAAACCUUUUGGCUUCCAUAUUUAAGAAAUAUAUGCAUUUUGAAGUUGGAA